AGCUAACGGUAAGAUGUUAGUAUUUAGUGUUUUGUGUGUUAGCAUUUUUUUCCCGCACUUCUAGCAAAUUUAUAACGCGUGCGCGCACUCAAGGUGAAAAUAUAUUAAGUUCUUUCGAGUGCCCACGAGUGUUUGCAUUUGAAUAAAAUAAAUUUAAAGUCAAAUUCGAUUUACGAUCGUCAUCUAUCGGCGGAUGAUUCAAUACCUAUGUAUCUAAAUACAGUGGCACAUUUCUACAAGGGAUAUUUUCACAUUCUGCGGACCUAACGAGUUCUACAAAUCAUUGCAAUUAACUCGCGUAACCGACUGCGCCUCCAAACAAUAGAAACAGCUACAGCAAUAAAAACAGCAACAGGCGCAGGAACGUGGAGAGCCCCUUUGUUGCGCCACCUGGCAUCAGCUACUGUACACACACGGCACCCUCGACUUGGACCCAAUUCCCUUCCCGAGCCCCAACUCACAGAGGGCUUCAGACAUGGGCGACAAUAUAAUUGGCUCGGCAAGCUUCUUGCACUUGGGGGACAUUGUGUCCCUCUAUGCGGAGGGCAGCGUUUGCGGUUUCUUGAGCACACUCGGCCUGGUCGAUGAUCGCACAGUGGUGUGUCCCGAGGCCGGAGACCUCAGCUGUCCGCCUAAAAAGUUCAGGGACUGCCUUAUCAAAAUAUGUCCCAUGAACCGCUAUUCCGCCCAGAAGCAAUUCUGGAAAGCAGCUAAGCAAUCUGCCAGCUCCAAUACGGAUCCCAAUCUCCUCAAGCGUUUGCAUCACGCGGCGGAGAUUGAGAAGAAACAAAACGAGACGGAGAACAAGAAGCUGCUGGGAACCUCAAUCCAAUAUGGACGGGCUGUGGUGCAGCUACUGCAUCUGAAAUCCAACAAAUAUUUGACAGUAAACAAGCGACUGCCGUCGCUGCUGGAGAAGAAUGCCAUGCGCGUUUAUCUGGACGCCAACGGGAACGAGGGCUCAUGGUUCUACAUCAAGCCCUUCUAUAAGCUUCGCUCCAUCGGCGACUACGUGGUGGUGGGUGACAAGGUCAUUUUAAGUCCGGUGAACGCCGAUCAGCAGAACCUCCAUGUGGCAGCCAAUUACGAACUGCCCGACAAUCCCGGCUGCAAGGAGGUCAACGUUUUGAACUCGUCAACCUCCUGGAAGAUCUCACUGUUCAUGGAGCACAAGGAGAAUCAGGAGCACAUCCUCAAGGGCGGCGACGUGGUGCGUCUAUUUCACGCCGAGCAGGAGAAGUUCCUCACCAUGGACGAAUACAAGAAGCAGUACCACGUAUUUCUGCGCACCACCGGACGCACCAGCGCCACGGCUGCCACCAGCAGCAAGGCACUCUGGGAGAUCGAGGUGGUUCAGCACGACUCCUGCCGCGGCGGCGCCGGCGACUGGAACUCGCUCUACCGUUUCAAGCACCUGGCUACGGGUCACUAUCUGGCGGCCGAGGCGGAAAUCGAUGUGUCUGGCGGCGCGAUUUCCGCCGCCUCUGCAUCAGGACACGAGCUGCAUUUGGGGGACUGUAGCAAAGACUCUGGCCUCAGCUGCUCCACCAUGAACUCCACCAUAAAUGACAAACCCAAGGGAAAGCAAUACCGCCUCGUGUCCGUUCCGUACUCGGCGGAUAUUGCCUCGGUGUUUGUUCUGGACGCCACAACAAUGGCUCGCCCCGACAGCCUGGUCCCACAGUCCAGUUAUGUGCGCCUACAGCACAUUUGCUCCAACACGUGGGUCCAUGCCACUUCGAUACCCAUCGAUGCCGACGACGACAAGCCGGUGAUGUCGAUGGUCUGCUGCUCACCCAUCAAAGAGGACAAGGAGGCCUUUGCGCUGAUACCCGUCUCCCCGGUAGAAGUUCGCGACCUGGACUUUGCCAACGACGCGUGCAAAGUGCUUGCCACGGUGACCAGCAAGCUGGAUAACGGCAGCAUCUCCAUCAACGAGCGUCGGGCGCUGAUCUCGCUGCUCCAGGACAUAGUGUACUUCAUAGCAGGAAUGGAGAAUGAGCAGAACAAGACAAAGGCUCUGGAAUUCACCAUAAAGAAUCCUAUCAGGGAUCGACAGAAACUGCUGCGCGAACAGUACAUCCUUAAGCAGUUGUUCAAGAUCCUACAGGGUCCUUUUCAGGAACACACAGCCGGAGACGGUCCAUUCCUUCGGUUGGAUGAGCUCAGCGAUCCGAAGAACAGUCCUUACAAGAACAUCUUUCGUCUGUGCUACCGCAUCCUGAGGUUGUCGCAACAGGAUUACCGGAAGAACCAGGAGUACAUAGCCAAGCACUUUGGCCUGAUGCAGAAGCAGAUCGGAUACGAUAUUCUGGCAGAGGACACUAUCACGGCCCUGUUGCACAACAACCGAAAGCUGCUGGAGAAGCACAUAACAGCCGCAGAAAUCGAAACAUUUGUAGGUCUGGUGCGCAAGAACAUGCACAACUGGGACUCGCGGUUUCUCGACUACCUCUCAGAUCUGUGCGUGUCCAAUCGCAAAGCCAUCGCGGUCACCCAGGAGUUGAUUUGCAAGAGCGUGCUGAGCGACAAGAACAAGGACAUACUGAUCGAGACGCAGGUGAAGGCACUGCGAAGCGGAUCCGGCCCAGCGCGCUGCUACAAAGGCACCUCCGAGGACGUGUGCCUGGCAACUCUCGCCGAGGUGGCCGGCGACGACGAGGAUCGCUCUGAUGUGCAGUCCACGUCCACCACAACCACCUGGGACACCGCCAGCCUGAACGAGGACGAUGGCAGCCCAUCUGCGGGGGAUAAGUACGAAAUCCACCUCAAAUGGACGGGACAACCGACAUCCCGGUCCAUGGCGGAUUUGGCCAGUUGCGAUGGCGGCGAGCUGGAGGCGGCCAUUCUGAACUACUAUCGCCACCAGUUGAAUCUAUUCUCCAACAUGUGCCUCAACCGUCAGUACUUGGCCCUAAAUGAGCUGUCACCGCGCCUGGAUAUUGAUUUAAUCCUGAAAUGCAUGUCGGAUGAAACCAUGCCAUACGAGCUGAGAGCUUCCUUCUGCCGAUUGAUGCUGCACCUCCACGUGGAUCGCGAUCCCCAGGAACCAGUGACACCUGUUAAGUACGCCCGCCUUUGGAGCGAGAUACCCUCAAAGAUGUCCAUAAUGGACUAUGAUGGCAAGAACCAGCAGCCAGAUCAAAACAAGCAAGCCUGUCGGGCCAAGUUUAACACAACCAUCGCCUUUGUGGAGAACUAUUUGUGCAAUGUGGCCACCAAGGUGUGGCUCUUCACAGACCAAGAGCAAAACAAACUCACCUUCGAGGUUGUCAAACUGGCAAGGGAUCUGAUCUACUUCGGUUUCUACAGCUUCAGCGAUCUUCUCAGACUCACCAAGACGCUUCUGUCCAUCCUGGACUGCGUGUCCGACACUUCAUCCGGUGCCUUUGCCAGCACGGAUAUUGAUUCCGAAGGUGGAGUUCUACGCUCGAUUGGGGACAUCAACACGGUUAUGACAUCUUUGGCCCUGGGAUCGGUGGGUCAGGCCAUAGCUGCGCCCACGAUCUCCCUGCAGCAACGGAAGUCCGUCUCCCAGUUGAUGAAGGAGUAUCCAUUGGUGAUGGACACCAAACUAAAGAUAAUUGAGAUACUGCAGUUCAUUCUGGACGUUCGCCUGGACUACAGGAUCAGCUGCCUGCUCUCCAUAUUCAAGCGGGAGUUUGACGAGUCCGAGGUGGCCGCCUCGGCUGCUAACAAUGAGGCGGGUCAGCAGCAGUUCCAACAACAGGCACCGCAGACGCCUGGCAGCGCCAACGAGACUGACACCCUCGAGAAUGCCGAGUCCGUGGCAGCUGGCGCUGCCGCAGCCGCCGCUACCGCUGCCCGCCAGAAGAACAUCGAUCUGGAGUCCAUCGGCGUGCAGGCGGAGGGAAUCUUCGACUGCGACCGGAGCGACGCAGCUAAUCUGGACUUGGACGGCCAGGGCGGACGUACUUUUCUGCGUGUCCUACUCCACCUCAUCAUGCACGACUACGCGCCCUUGGUCUCGGGUGCCCUGCACCUUCUCUUCCGGCACUUCAGUCAGCGCCAGGAGGUGCUCCAGGCCUUUCGCCAGGUGCAACUUCUGGUGUCGGACAGCGACGUGGAGUCCUAUAAGCAAAUCAAGUCCGAUCUGGAUAUCCUGCGCCAGAGCGUGGAGAAGUCGGAGCUGUGGGUGUACAAGGCGAAGGCCACGGAUGAACUGGGGGCCAACGACGCCGGGGGAGAUGCUGUCAGCCUGGAGUACAAUGCCGCCCUGUCCCAGGAGCAGCGGAACGAGUACCGCAAGGUCAAGGAGAUUCUCAUACGCAUGAACAAGUUUUGCGUAACUGCCUCCGGUCCGGGUUCGGUGGUCAAGCCACGCAAGCAUGAGCAACGACUGCUCCGCAAUGUUGGCGUCCACACCGUCGUCCUCGAUCUCCUCCAGAACCCUUACGACGAGAAGGACGACGAGUUGAUGAAGGAGCUCAUGUGCCUGGCCCACGAGUUCCUGCAGAACUUCUGUCUGGGCAAUCAGCAGAACCAGGCCUUGCUCCACAACCACCUUGAUCUGUUCCUCAAUCCGGGCAUUCUGGAGGCGAAGACCGUGUGCGCCAUCUUCAAGGACAACUUGGCGCUGUGCAACGAGGUGACGGACAAGGUGGUGCAGCACUUCGUACACUGCAUAGAGAUUCAUGGUCGCCACGUAGCCUACUUGCAGUUUCUGCAGACCAUAGUGCGGGCGGAGAACCAGUUCAUCCGACGCUGCCAGGACAUGGUGAUGCAGGAGCUCAUCAACUCCGGCGAGGAUGUGCUGGUCUUCUACAAUGACAAGGGUUCCUUCAACCACUUUGUUCAGAUGAUGCAACAACAGAUGCUGAGUAUGGAAAAGCUCAGCGACGACAGCCCCUUGAAAUACCACGUCGAGCUGGUGAAGCUCCUGGCUUGCUGCACCAUGGGCAAAAACGUCUACACGGAGAUUAAGUGCAACAACCUUCUCUCUCUGGACGACAUAGUGACAAUCAUCUGCCACCCGCUGUGCAUGCCGGAGGUUAAGGAAGCCUACGUGGACUUCCUCAACCACUGCUACAUUGACACGGAGGUCGAGAUGAAGGAGAUCUACUCCUCCGGGCACAUGUGGAGCCUAUUCGAGAAGAGUUUCUUGGUGGACAUCAACCAGCUCAUCACGAACCCCGCCGCCGCCAGCAACAAGACGCUCCAGGCGUACGUCCUGAAUGGGGUAACCAAUCUCUUGGGCAGCUUCUUCGCCAGUCCGUUUUCGGAUCAGAGUGCUAUCGUGCAGUCCCGCCAGUUGAUCUUCGUGCAGCUGCUACAGGCUGCGCACAGAAUCACCCAGUGCCGCUGGCUGUCGCUGGGAGAUCGUUUCAACGUGGAAAACUGCAUCCGCACGCUAACAGAGUCGGCCAAAAUGCGUAGCAUCGCAAUACCCCCCGAGCUGGAGCAGCAGGUGGCCACAAUGUCCAGCAAGACGGCUAUGCUGACCCGGCAGACCACAAAAUGGCUGCUGGCCUCCAAGCAGCCCAAGUACGAGGCUCAGCAAGCGGCCAGUCUGAUGCGCUGGGAUCGCUCAAUCAUCGAGGGCUUGCAGGACAUAGUGUCCCUUUUGGAGGAUCAACUAAAGCCGGUGGUUGAGGCGGAACUAUCGCUUCUAGUGGAUAUUCUGUACCGCUCAGAGCUGCUCUUUCCCGCUGGAACAGAGGCCCGGAAGCGCUGCGAAAGCGGUGGUUUCAUCCGGAAGCUGAUAAAGCACACCGAGAAGCUGCUGGAGGAGAAGGAGGAGCGCAUGUGUGUAAAGGUUCUGCGCACUCUGCGUGAAAUGAUGGCUAUUGAUGUGAACUACGGCGAGAAGGGCGAUGCACUGCGACAAACACUUUUGCUGCGCUACUUCCAGAGCAAAAACACGCCCAGGCUGCCGGAGGAGGAGGUUGCUCUGCUGGCCGCUCCUUUGAUGGAUCCCGCAAAGCAAAACCACCUAGUGACCCACGGACCUGGGGCUAAGUACUUGCAGCGAGCGGGCAAAACGCUUCACGAUAUGCAGAACCACUUGGACAGAGAAGGCGCCUCAGAUCUUGUGGUCGAGCUGGUUAUCAAGUCCGUACAUUCGCCCAAUAUUUUUGUCGAGGCUGUAGAGUUGGGCAUCGCACUUCUUGAAGGCGGCAACCCCAUUAUACAGAAGGGAAUGUUCCAGAAGUUCCUCAGUGACGACCUCAACCAGGCCUUCUUUAAAGUCUUCUUUGAGAAGAUGAAGGAUGCACAGCAGGAGAUCAAGUCCACUGUCACUGUGAACACCACGGACAUUGCGGCUAAGGCCCACGAGCACAAACAGGAUGCCAAUCUAGAGCUAGACAAGAUCACUCGCAAGCACGGCCUCAAGAGCAACGGGGUGGUGAUCACUGAGGAACUAAAGCGGGAACUACACAAUGCCGGACUGGCAACUGCCCGUGCCUACGGGAAUGCCCGAAACAUCCACUCCGGCGAGGAAAGCUCCGCCAUCACUGUUAACAGUCCGCUGGAGGAUAUACUGGCCGAGAAGCUGGAAAAGCACAAAGACAGUCGGGAUCAGCGCAACCAGUUGUCCAACAAGGUGCUGGUCAUGCAACCUAUCUUACGGUUCCUGCAGUUGCUCUGCGAAAACCACAAUCCGGACAUGCAGAACCUGCUGAGGAACCAGAACAACAAGACCAACAACAACCUGGUAUCGGAGACGCUUAUGUUCCUGGACUGCAUUUGUGGCUCGACGACGGGCGGCUUGGGAUUACUAGGCCUGUACAUAAACGAGCACAAUGUGGCCUUGAUCAACCAGACGUUGGAGGCCCUCACGGAAUACUGCCAAGGACCGUGUCACGAGAACCAGAACUGCAUAGCCACCCACGAAUCAAAUGGGCUGGACAUCAUCACGGCGCUUAUUCUGAACAAUAUCAAUCCGCUGGGCGAGAACCGCAUGGAUCUGGUCCUAGAGCUGAAGAACAAUGCCUCCAAGCUGCUGCUGGCCAUUAUGGAGAGUCGGGGGGACAGCGAAAACGCGGAACGCAUUCUGUACAACAUGAAUCCCAAGCAACUGGUAGAGGUGGCCUGCAAGGCGUACCACCAGGAAGAGCUGAUCGACGAGCAGGACGAUGGGGAUGAGCCGGAUGCCGGGUCGGACGAUGACGAUGCCACUGUAAGUCCGCGGGAGGUGGGCCACAACAUAUACAUACUGUGCCACCAGCUGGCUCAGCACAAUAAGGAGUUGGCCAGCCUGCUCAAAGCUUCCGAGGAUCCGCAGUCCGCCAGCUUCGACGCCAAGACAAGUCAGGCCUUGAUGUACUACGCCACGCACACUGCCCAGAUAGAGAUUGUUAGAAACGAUCGCACUCUGGAGCAGAUAGUCUUUCCCAUUCCCGAGAUCUGUGAGUACCUGACCACAGACACCAAAAUUAAAAUCCUCAACACCGCAGAACGCGACGACCAAGGAUCCAAGGUGGCGGACUUCUUCGACAAAGCAGAGGAAAUGUUUAACGAGAUGAAAUGGCAAAAGAAGCUGAGAAGUCAACCUUUACUAUUUUGGAUAAGCAGUUACAUGUCUCUUUGGAGCAAUAUCCUCUUCAACUGUGUUGUCGUCAUCAAUAUGAUUGUGGCCUUCUUCUAUCCCUUUGAUAACACUGUGCCAGAGCUCAGUUCCCAUAUCUCCUUGUUGUUCUGGAUCAUAACGAUAUUUUCACUUGUUAUUGUGUUGACGCUACCCCGGGAGUCUGGAAUCAGAACCUUUAUAGGCUCCGUCAUCCUUCGAUUUAUCUUUUUACUGGGCCCGGAGUCUACACUCUGCUUGCUGGGAGUCGUCACGGUGACCCUCAAAAGCGUUCACAUAGUGAGCAUUAUGGGCAACAAAGGCACUCUGGAGAAGCAGCUAAUUAAAAUAAUAACUGACUUUCAGUUACUUUACCAUUGCAUUUAUAUAGCAUUUUGCUUUUGCGGUCUGAUAUUUCAUCCCUUUUUCUACUCAUUGCUGCUCUUCGAUGUGGUCUAUCGGGAGGAGACCCUGGUCAAUGUAAUUCGAUCCGUAACCCGCAACGGUCGCUCUAUCGUGUUGACAGCUGUCCUGGCUCUGAUUCUGGUCUACCUGUUCUCGAUCAUUGGCUACAUGUUCUUCAAGGAUGACUUUCUGGUCAGCGUGGACUUUGAGGAGCAAGACAAUUCGCCUCCUCCUCCGUCAGUCCCUUUAACUCUAUCUGUGCCGCUAUCGGGAGAUACCUGUUCUGCUCCAGAUGACUUGGGAAACUGCCAGGCAGCCCAGGACGUGGCACCACCGAGUUCUGGGGUCGGGGAAGUGAAAGAGCGUUCGUGCGACUCGCUGGUCAUGUGCAUAGUAACCACUCUUAACCAGGGUUUGCGAAAUGGAGGCGGCAUUGGUGACAUACUCAGGGCGCCUUCAAGCAAGGAGGGCUUGUUUGUGGCACGUGUAAUUUACGACCUGCUUUUUUUCUUCAUUGUCAUCAUUAUUGUGUUAAACCUGAUAUUUGGUGUCAUCAUCGAUACCUUCGCCGACCUGAGAUCGGAGAAGCAGCAAAAGGAAGCCAUCCUGAAGACAACCUGUUUCAUCUGCUCACUCAAUAGAUCGGCGUUCGACAACAAAACUGUUAGCUUUGAAGAGCACAUAAAGAGCGAGCACAACAUGUGGCACUAUCUGUACUUCAUCGUCCUUGUAAAAGUGAAGGACCCCACUGAGUUCACCGGUCCCGAGAGCUAUGUAUAUGCGAUGGUCAAGGCCGGAAUCCUGGAGUGGUUCCCCCGCCUGCGCGCCAUGUCGCUGGCAGCUGUGGAUGCCGACGGGGAGCAAAUCGAGCUGCGCAGCAUGCAGGCACAGCUUUUGGACACCCAACUUCUCAUUAAGAACCUGUCCACCCAACUACACGAACUUAAGGAUCAUAUGACAGAGCAGCGGAAGCAGAAGCAGCGGUUGGGGUUGCUCAACACAACGGCCAACAGCCUCCUGCCUUUUCAGUGAGUCUGUAAGAAAUAGAAUAGAAUACUAGUUUGGGCACAUCGUUUUGGUAAAUAAAUGUGAACCCAAAAGAAAUGGCUCCCCUCGCCACAUUUGUCCCAAUAUCCCAUUUCAUUCCCAUUGGAAUAUUUGGUAAUCCCGUUUCAAUAUAUUCAAUGCGGGAUGAACAAGUAUACGUAUUCAAAAAACUAAAUCUCCAAGAAUCGUAGAAUACCCCGAGUAAAUACCAAAAAUCAUUCUGUAUUAGAUUCGAAUUCCAAAACGCACACUUACAUUUUCUCAAAUAUCCUGCUCGAUAAAAUUCUACAAUUUGAACAAAUGGAGUACAUUAUUAUGUAGUAAGCUGACUCAGAGAACUUAGGGCUGUUAACAUGUUAAUUAGUGGGCGUGUUAGGCAUUUUUUGACAACCUUAAGAGUCUUAACCUUAACUCUCCUUGAUGACUUUGUAAUACCUGAAGCUAGAAUCUAGACCUAUGUAAUUAACUUAAAAAGGUUUGCUGAGCGACCUCAAUACAAUUUUAAAGGAUAUUUUUCUUGUAUUAAAUUAAAUAUAUUAUUUAAUUGUUAAUACUGUAUGAAUCACUUUUGAUAAGUUUAAAAUACAAGCAUACUUGAAAAAUCUAAAUAUUGUGAUUACCUUUUUAUAUUUUCCGUUUUUAAUUUCUGAAUGAUUUACUUAGUACUCGAAACGAGUUGUGUUGGUUAAAUUCGUUUUAAGCUAACAGUUAGAGUAUACAUCCUAAGCAAAACUACACUAUUGUUAAGUAAAUCUUUAUAUCUUUACAAGUAAAAUGGAAUAUAUCUUUGAAAUAAAUACAAUAAAUAUAUU